AUGCACAUCCUUGGAAAAGGACAGGAGCUCGGCCACGAGGUGCCUCUCUGCACGCCGAUCUACGACAUCAAUGUUGCGGGAGCAUACCUGGCAUCGCUAACUCAUCCACAGGUCUUUUCCUUUGCGCACGGCAAGAUUGGAACCUACUUUGCGGGCGAGCGAUCGUACCUUGACGUCAGCAAUGGCACGGAGGCAUUCCUAGCAUCUCUGGAGAUGUUUGCAGCCAGCCCCAGCGAGCCUUUCGUCUUCCAGGGAUCGGCGCAGCAGCUGACGAUCGUAGUCUACGGGGCGACCCCCAACGCCAUUUUCAUCUUUCACUUCCUCGUUGAAAACAGCCUUUCAGGAGGCUUGGUUCCAACGAUCCACAAAGACGUUUUCCAGCUCGAUCCGGAACGUACGGAGAAUCACGUCUACCUCGCUCUGGUAUCGGCGCUCGCGCUUCUUCUGCUGUUUAUGGAAAUCAGAAGGAUUCUCCACUGUCCUGCAGCCUGUACCUUCGAGGAGGACAGGACAAAAUGUUCUGUGUGGACGUUCCUUUUCUUGUUGCUACCUGCCCUGAUCUUUGCCAUCACCGGCCUCAUGGUGGUACAAGACGUCUUCACAGGCAAUCUCUUGCAGGCCGGGCAGACCACGGACGAGGAGUUGUAUGACUAUCUAUGGCUACGGAUCAAAAUGGAUCGUAGUCGUUUGGUCAUCAUAGUGGUAACGCUUUUCCUGUUCAACGUGCUGAUGUUGAAAUAUCUGCUGCUGCACUUUCCGCAGCUCCUGUCGGCGACACAAAUUGUGCGAAAAAUUGCGGCUCCACUUCUAACAGUUCUACUCAUGGUCUGCUUGACAAUCUUCUCGUUCGGAGUUUUCUUGUACACCGUCUACGGAACGACUUUCAGCACCUUCGCAGAUGUGGCUUCUACCUGGCUGAAUGUCGUGCUGUGGUCGAUGGGCUACAUCAAGGAUUGGAAAGCAUACUAUGAGUUCCAGCCUGCGCUGUGGACUUUCAGCAUCUUUGUCGCGCUUUGCGUCAUCCAGCUGACGCUCAACAUCCUGCCUGCAGUCAUCAUGCUUUCUCACAAGAAGGAAGCCGACCUGGUGGAGAACUACAGUUACCACUCCUUCUGGGCCAGCGAGCGCAGCAAGAACGUGGGCCAGAAGAGCUUCAAUCCAGCUCUAGUAGGUUGGGACUUCACGAACCCGAAAGAGCCCAAAGAGGUCUUUGAUCGCUGA